UAGUCAUUACCGCAGGUGGGAAAAGAAAAAGAAAAAAAAAGGGUAUUAUACAGCCAGAACAGAGGGGCCUAUCCCUAAGGUGGGUUGGAGAUUCGAUAUUCAAUGAACGAACCUUCUUUGCACCUGCUAAUCAUGCUAAUUCAAUCCCAGAAGCUGCUUUCGUGAAAAGGCACCAGAGGAUCUAUCAGUACCCAUAUCUCACAAAAUUGAAGGUAAUUUAGCUUAUCAGUAUCCAUACCUUAGAAAAUUGAAGCUGUGCUCUGUCGCAUUUAUAGAGGAAUACAACAAGAACAGAUAUGCAGAAGAGUGGUAGUGUGUCGAGGAAUACUAACGGCACUGUCACUGGGAUCAAUAAUAGUAAAUCUCUAUUUCAUCAGCAGUCUCUAAGGAGGUUGGGAUUGUGUUCCCAAAUAGCCACGGGAGGGGGACAGCACUCGUCCCCAAUUGUUUUCCCCGAGAAACGUAGCAAGAAGGUCAAAGCCUCUUCCAAACCUGAUGAUCCACUGGAAAAAGGCAAGGUACAAGAGCAUAGAAUAGACAUAAUAGGUGGAGGAGACGAGAAGUCUGAUUUGUUGGGAUGUGUCGUCUUCUCUGGCAAACUCAUUUUGGACAAGAGAAAGACCACCUUCCAUGAUAGUGGUCAUGCCAAAGAUGCACAACAGCAAAGUUCUGUUGACGUUUCAAACCAACAAGCUCUCGAUGCUAAGCUUACCAGCAAGGCUCUAGUUUGGGGUUCUCACAUGCUGCACCUUGAUGAUGUUAUUUCGGUAUCAUACCAUAUUGGUCUCAGACAUUUUACUGUUCAUUCUUAUCCGAUUAAAAGGGGUUGUUGUGGUCUAUCUUGUUUUAUAAAACCUAAGAGAAGUCGCAAGGAUUAUCGUUUCCUAGCUUCUAGCGUGGAAGAGGCACUUCAGUGGGUUGGUGGAUUGGCAGACCAGCACUGUUUCGUGAAUUGUUUGCCUCAUCCUUUGGUUUCUUCAAAGAAGCAAGCUUCUUCAGAGUUGCUUCCGACAGAUACUCCUCCUGAGUUACUCUUUAAGUGUAAGAGUCCACCCAAAAUGCUGGUCAUCUUAAAUCCACGCUCAGGAAGUGGACGAUCCAGUAAAGUUUUCCAUGGCAUUGUGGAACCAAUAUUUAAGCUUGCAGGCUUUAAAUUGGAAGUAGUGAAAACAUCAUCUGCAGGUCAUGCUAGGAAUCUUGCAUCUACAGUUGACAUCAGCACAUGUCCUGAUGGGAUUAUAUGUGUAGGUGGUGAUGGAAUUAUUAAUGAGGUUUUGAAUGGUCUACUUAGUAGGGAUAAUCAGAAAGAGGGGAUUUCAAUACCAAUUGGAAUUAUACCAGCUGGUUCUGAUAAUUCACUAGUUUGGACUGUUUUGGGAGUUAGAGAUCCAGUUUCUGCUGCUAUUGCUAUUGUGAAGGGUGGUCUAACUGCUACAGAUGUCUUUGCUGUUGAGUGGAUUCAGACUGGUGUUAUUCACUUUGGAUUGACUGUUUCAUAUUAUGGUUUUGUUGGUGAUGUGUUGGAACUUUCUGAGAAAUAUCAGAAACGCUUUGGUCCUCUUCGGUACUUUGUUGCUGGAUUUCUCAAGUUCUUAUGCUUACCAAAAUACAGCUAUGAAGUGGAAUAUCUUCCAGCAUCAAAAGUAGACCGAGAAGGAAAACAGCCUGAGCGAGAGGUAGUUGACUUGUCAGACCUAUACACAGAUGUCAUGAAGAGGACAAACACAGAAGGCAUGCCUAGAGCCUCUAGCUUAUCAAGUAUUGACUCAAUAAUGACUCCUAGCAGAAUGUCUGGAGGUGAGUUGGACACAACCUGCAGCAGCACUCAUGCUAGCACUGAACCAUCUGAGUAUGUUCGUGGCCUAGAUCCAAAAGCAAAACGCUUGUCAUCUGGAAGGAGUAACGUAAUGGCAGAGCCAGAAGUUAUUCAUCCUCAGUUACCACUGUCAACAACUCCAAAUUGGCCAAGGACCAGGUCAAAGUCAAGGACAGACAAAGGAUGGACUGGAUUGACAUCUGCACAUGAUCCCUCUCGAUGUUCUUGGGGAAAUGCAGCGACAAAUGAUAGAGAGGAUAUAUCUUCAACAUUGUCUGAUCCAGGUCCAAUUUGGGAUGCUGAACCAAAAUGGGACACCGAACCUAAUUGGGAUCUAGAAAACCCUAUUGAAUUGCCAGGGCCAUCAGAUGAUGUAGAAGCAGGAAUGAAAAAGGAAGUUGUACCUAGGUUUGAAGAUAAAUGGGAAUUGAAGAAGGGUCAAUUUCUUGGCAUCCUGAUCUGUAACCAUGCUUGCAGAACUGUUCAAAGUUCCCAGGUGGUAGCACCAAGUGCUGAGCAUGAUGAUAACACCAUGGAUAUGCUCUUAGUUCAUGGUAGUGGGCGACUAAGGCUAUUGAGAUUUUUCUUACUCUUGCAGAUGGGACGGCAUCUUUCACUCCCAUAUGUUGAAUAUAUCAAGGUGAAAUCUGUGAAGAUAAAGGCUGGGAAGCACACCCACAAUGGUUGCGGAAUUGAUGGUGAGCUUUUUCCGCUUAAUGGGCAAGUAAUUUCCUAUUUGCUACCAGAACAAUGCAGACUCAUUGGUCGCUCCCCAAGCAAUCACAUAUAACAAACCUUGAGCCACCUUUUGAACUUGUUGCAAGGUUCCAAGAUUGUUUCGAUGUUUCCCAAUAGUGAUUGAUAUAUGAAGAGAAUGUUUUAAGCCAGCAAGAAAAUACUGCUUUUUUUUAGUCCUUCACAAUAGUGCCAUUGCAUAUGUGAGGCCCUUGUAAAUGUUUUCUGAGGUCAUGUAUCAGGUGCCUGUUGUUUAUUGUGCUUUCUCCUGCUUUGUUCCAUUGUGUAACCCCCUCUUAUUUUUGCUGCCAUGAGCUGUUCAAUGUAUUUCGAAAUUGUGUUUUGUA